AGGAGAUCUAAGGACCUCCGGUUAUCAUAUCAACACCGGCAAGAUCAGAAUUAGCCGAGAUACGCCGCCCGUACUUACCAUCGAGUGAAGAUCCGAGCAUGCCGGUGGGGAGACCAGCUUGGUCUGAGAGAGGGUUCCCCUCACUGGCCGCUCUUGGCUCGCUUUACGGGGGUGGGUGUUGAUUAGGUCAAGGUCAUAAGGGGGUGGAGGUUGGGCUUCGACAGUAAUCUCCUUGUGCGGGAUAUCCUCACGAGCACCAGCAGUUCCGGUUUUGCAAAUCAUCCGGAAUGUCGUAAAACGCGAUGAUUGGUCGAUCUCCCGAAACCCACACCGACCGGUCUCGACCGCGCUGAGUCGAGACGUGCGCGGUGAUAGUAUAAGUCACCCUCGCUUCCAUGACUCGUAUCUCUGCCGAUGAUUUCACUACCUUUCAAUCCUUAUCGGCACUGCCACAGUCGAAUAUGUUAAACUUAUCGUCGCUACUUGCCCUCUGGAGCCUCGGAUCCUGGGCCGCCACCGCACCGGGGCAGGAAGACUGUCCUGUCACGGGGGUUCCAGUCAUCGCCCAUACCGGCGAGCCGGUGGGAAAGGAACAGGUUUAUAACGGGACCAACCAGUACGUCACAGGCGAAGCAUCGGACGUAGGCGUGCUGUACUUGACAGACGUAUUCGGCAUCCAGCUGCCCCAGAAUAAACUAUUGGCGGACAGCUUCGGUCGGGCGGGCUACAUCACAGUCGCGCCGGACUUAUUCAACGGCACGCCGGCGCCGGGGGAUAUCAAUGGGCAGCCGAGCUUCAAUCUGACCAAAUUUCUCGCCGAUCAUCGGCCCGAGAUCACGGACCCGAUUAUUGCGACGGCCAUCGACUUCCUGCGCGCCGAGCUCGGCGUCGAGAAGGUAGCCGUUACAGGAUACUGCUUUGGCGGCCGUUAUGCGUUCCGCGUGCUCGCCGAGGGCAAGGGGGCCGAUGUAGGAUUUACCGCCCACCCGAGCCUGCUCGAGGAUGCCGAAAUAUCCGCCAUCACAGGUCCAAUCAGUGUCGCGGCCGCAGACGGAGACGACCUCCUACCCCCCGAAAGGCGGUUGCAGAUCGAGGCCGAGCUUCUGCAGACUGGUCUCCCCUACUCGGUCGCGUUGUACGGCGGGACGAGGCACGGGUUCGGCGUGCGAGCAAAUGUUUCGAAUCCGCAGGAGAAAUUCGGGAAGGAAGAAGCUUUCUUCCAAGCGAUCCGGUGGUUCCGAGCUUGGGCGUAGUAGACUCGACCUAUAUUCACAGCACGUCACAGAGAGCGGCCUAAUGGAUUAGACACAGACAAGAUAUAGCCGCAUUUAGAUCCUCAUCGCACGCGCCGCACCGCACCGAGGUAGGACG